AUGAACAUUGAUUUAUUCGAACAACGUACAACCCGAAUCGGAUGUUUACCAUUAAAAAGACGUGGAUCAAUUCCGGCUCUGACAAACUUCGUCGUUCACGCGCCAACAUCAAACUAUGACGAAGAAGAAGUCGAAGCGCUCUAUAUGGACUUGGAGAAGUUCUACAGAGAAGACCACACAUUCCUCAAGUUCAUCAUUGGUGAUUUCAGAGCCAACACUGGACCAAGAAAAACGUUUGAAAAACGUCACGUUGUGACCCCCGGAUUAGAAUGGAAAGAACAGGAUGAGCGGCAGUCUGAGUUUAUCAUGGCGACCAAGACAAUCCACGGUAACUAG